AUCGAAGUGACAGCCGAAUUUGAUUGUGAGUGAAAAAGUGGAAGGAAAAGUUUGUGCGGAGCAAAACACAAAGUUUAUUCUUCGUAAAAAUCGUGAAAAAUAGUAUAAAUUAUCGUGAAAAUUGCGGGUUUUAAGUGCGACGAUCGUCGUGUGUUGUGUGGUGUGAAAAUCCGAUGAAAAGUGGUGUUUUCUGCCUGGUUUUACAAGGGGGAAGAUGGCGACACCUGAUUGUCUAACUUGCAUCAAGAGCAUCGAUCCCGUUGAAGAAUCGCUCACGAUAUGCGACCAUAAGGACGUCCAAAAUGCACUGAACAAACAUUUCUGGUUCACAGAAAACCAGUACAUUCAAAGCACCCUCUGCAAAUCAUGUUGGCGCCAAAUCGAAGACUUCCACCGGUUCUACACUCAGGUGGAGGAACUUCACUCCCAUCAGAUGUUCUCCCAGAUCCAGCUGAUGGAAAUCAAGGAAGAAGAAGAAGAAGCGGAGAUUCCCCAGAGUUUUGAACCGGAACUGGAGGAUCCCACGAAAAUCGAGGAGGAGGAUGGGGAAGAUUGUUUCGCUCCGACCAAAGAGGAGGAGGAUUCGUCCGAGGAGGAAGGUGAGGUGGACUCCAGGCGUAGAUCGCUUCGGUCCGCGAACUCGGCAAGUGGCUCUCAGCAGAGUAAGAAAGUUAAGCGUACAAGGGUGAAGAAGAAAGAGCUGGACGAGGUGCAGGAGUAUGUUUCGAAGAACAUGGAGCUGAAAUGUGAUACCUGUUCGGUGGAGUGCAAAACGUUCGAUGAUCUGCAGAAGCAUUCCAUGAAGGAGCAUCAGAAGCGAGCGACGGUCGUGUGCUGCGAUCUGAAACUCGCGAUCGCCUAUCGAUUCGUGGAUCACGUCCGGUUCCAUUUGAAUCCGAAUCGAUUCAAGUGUCCUCAGUGCACGAAGCGAUGCGUUAAUAGGGAGUCGUUAAGUAGGCAUGUUAGGACGGCUCAUUCGCCGGAACCGGAGGAGCUUAAGAAGGAAUCGGUAGAGGAGGAUGUAGAACGGGAGGAAAAGGUGUUCAAUUCAAUAGGGACAAAAGGUGAACAGAAGGAAUCGAAGGAAUCAGACGCUGAAGGAGAUGAAUCAGUCGAACACAAGGAUGAUAGAGUGGAGGAAGCUUCAAGUGGUGGCGACGUUGCAAGCGAUGAUGACGAUGACUACAAGCAAGAUAACGAUUCGAAUGAAUCAGACAGUUCAGGGGAUGAUCAAGAGGAUGAGGAUUCGGAGAAUGAUGAUAGAGAUAAUGAUUCAAAUUACCAGGAGGAAGAAUUUCAAAUUGGCAAACGAACGAGGCUAAAAAAGUCGGAAUUGGCAGAAAUUCAGGAGUACGUAUCGAAGAACAUGACGCUGGAAUGUGACACCUGCGCAGAGCGCUGCCCAACCUUCAACGAUUUGCAGAAACAUUCCAUGGAGAAGCACGACAAACGCGCAACGGUACGAUGCUGCGAGUCGAAACUGGCCAACAGCUACAGAUUCGUGGAUCACAUACGCUUUCACAUGAAUCCGGAUCGCUUCAAAUGCUCUCACUGCGAGAAGCAAUGUCUCAAUCGGGAUGCGCUGAGAAGGCAUGUCCAGAAGUUCCACACGCCGGAGGACGAGAAGAAGUACCAUUGUGAGGUUUGCUUCACAAAGUUCUCCACCCGGAAAGCGUUGAUGCGGCACGGAAAGGUUCAUGAGGACUUCGACCCGGAGGAAGGAGGCGGCACUAGGAAGCGGAAAUUUGUUGAAAGGGCUAAAAGAGACAUGGAGAACGAGAAGAUGAUCGCCGAAUUCAUCAAUCUGGAAUGCGAUUCGUGCAACAAGAAGUUCGACACGUUCCUAAUCCUGCAGAAACACUCGAUGCUGGAGCACAAGAAGCUUUCGUACGUGUUCUGCUGUGGUCAGCGGUUCAACAAGAAGCCUCGACUCGUCGACCACGUGCACUUCCAUCUUAAUCCGACCAAGUUCCAGUGCAAGAUCUGCCAAAGAAAACUUCCCCACACCGAAUCUCUACGAAGGCACAUGGACCGAAACCACUCCGGGGAAGCUAAGACCUUCAAGUGCAGCAUCUGUCCGAAGAUGUUCACGCACAAGAAGUUCCUCUCGAUUCACGAGCGGUGGCACAACCGACGUUGGCACUGCGAAAUCUGCGACCGGCGGUUCAUCUGCGAGGCCAUACUCAAGCAGCACCACAAGUCGGUGCACACCAAAGAGCUGAACUACGUGUGUCACGUGUGCGCCAAAACGUUCCACAUCUACUCCACGUACCGGUCGCAUCUCGAAUCGCACGAUGAAACCAUCAAGAAGAAACCGCAGAAACCACCGGUCCAGUGCCAGGUGUGCAACGCCUGGACGCCGAAGCUGUCGCACCAUAUGCGACUGCACUCGGGGACGCGGACGUGCGAACUUUGCGGCCAGGAGUGCAAGAACAUCAUCGCCUACCGGUACCACAUGAAGCACCACGAAACGGGCGACCACAUGUGCUCGGUGUGCGGCAAGGGCUUCAAGAAGGAACUCUCGCUUAAGGAACACAUGGCGUCGCACACCGGAGUAACGCUGUACAGUUGUGACUUUUGCGAUCGUACGUUCAACUCCAACGCCAAUCGAGCGGCCCAUCGCAAGAAGAUGCACCCGCAGCAGUGGCUCGAGGAUAAGCUGAAGAAGAAACUGGCACGGUACGGUGGAACACUGCCACCGGAGGCCAUGACGGUGUAAGGUGCAACGUUGGGUAAACGUGACGGUAAAUGAAUCUAUUUUGUAAAUAA